GAAUGACAUGGGUUAAUGGCAACAGUGACAGAUUGAGCAUUUUGGAACAUUAACACUGACACUCAGCAAAAGGAAGGGGGUACACACAGGGGGUAAAUAAAGAGCUUCAGAUGUUUUACAGCAAGCGUACACGCAUAUUUGUGGGGAGAACAAGCAGUAGGAUUUUGGAUGGACAGAAAGAGAGUGUGAAUGGGUGAGGGAGGGGGAGAGGCUGAUACUAUUAAAGUAUCGGAGCAACGGGGAGAGGGAGGUAUUGCUCAGUCUGACAUAUAAAGCUGUACCUGCAUGCAAGCACGGUGAAAGGGGUAUAUGCUUGUGAAAUAUCUGUGUCACUAGGCAGGCGUUCAAUGGCAAAAUAAAGAGCAGAUAAGGCUUAGUGAGCACGAGGAGACAUACAAUAUAAAAUAAUAGUUCACAAACCAAUGCACACAGGAAUAAAGACAGAGAAACACUCAAACUGAAACAGAAGUUCCAAUCUGAGAAAAAAUCCACAAUGACAGCAGCUACACAGCAGCUGGAGGAGCUGUGCUAUCUGACAGCACAGUCACUUCCAUCACUGAAGACCUCGGACCACUUUCGGCUUGUCAAGCUGCUGGGCCAGGGGUCAUACGGCAAGGUGAUGCUGGCAGUUCACAGAAAGAGAGGCACUCCCAUGGCCCUGAAAUUCUUCCCUCGUGGAUCGACCUCCCUCGCCUCCUUCCUGCGUGAAUACAACCUGUCUCUUAGUUUUUGCACUCAUCCAUCUCUCACCAGAGCUUUGGGAAUUUUCUAUUCCACGCCCUCAUACUACGUCUUUGCUCAGCAGGCUGGCCUGUAUGGGGACCUGUUUGAAGUGAUUGUUGGAAAGAUGGCGAUGGGGGAGGAGUGCGUGCAGCGGGUUGUGUCCCAGUUGAGCGGCGCCAUCUCCCACCUCCACUCCCUGGGGUUCGUCCAUCGAGACAUCAAGCCGGAGAACAUCUUCCUGUGUGACAAGGCCUGCCGUUGGGUCAAACUGGGCGACUUUGGGCUGGCCAGGCCCCAGGGAACCCGGGUACGGGCGGUGUGGUACGACUCGCCGUUCUGCGUCCCGGAGGUGGAGGCGGCCAAGGAGAGGGUGGAGGCCAAAGGGAAGGACGCUGAGGGAGAGCCGGGGAGCGAAGGCUCGGAGGACAUGCGGCAAACGGGAGGAACGAUAGAGGACAGGAAGAAGGUAGAGAAGAAGGAAGGGAAGAAGGUCCUCUGGAUGUCAGUGGAGCCCAGCAUAGACAGCUGGGCCCUGGGGAUCCUAAUCUACUGCAUGUUGACGUCCUGCUUCCCUUGGGAGGAGACCACCGCUGACGACCCGGGAUACAGGAAAUACAAGAAGUGGUUUGACAGGGAGGCAGACAGAGAGGAGAGGAUGAGUCGCAGAAAUCAGGGGGAGAGGACAGAGAGGAAGGAAGUUAAGGGAAAAAGUGAGGAAAUCAUGAGGCUGGAGGAGAGGAAGAGUCAUGAGGCUCCAGAACUAAACCCUCCCAUCCCCCAGUUUUCGGUCUUCAGCCCGCUGGCCCUCGCCCUGUUCCGGCAGGUUCUGAACCCAGAUCCGAAGCAGCGGGCGGCGGCCGACGAGGUCUUGGGGUACCUAGGCGGAGCCUGGCUUCUGGAAACAGAAAAAGAGGAAAAGAGACGGAUGAGGGAAGCAGAGCAGGAAGCCAGGAAAAUAAGCGAGGGAGGGGUUAUGGGGGGGGAGAAGGAAAGGGAAAGCAGACGGGAGAGAUAAGGGGGGGGGGGCGCAGUCAAUAAACAAGUAAAAAAGAGAAGGGGGGGAGGAGAAAACAGAGUCCAAAUGAAGAAGAGGGAGGAGUGUGGGAGUCACAAAAUGUAGCAACGUCUGAUUUCACUUGUGCAAUGAAAUAUAAUACUAUUUUGUACACGUCUAUGUUUAUGUCUAUUAACGAGGUGAUGGAACACAUUCUGGAAAUUUCAGAACACAAUGCAAUUUACACUGUUUGCUCUUUUAUUUUUAUUUGUAUGUAUAUAUAGAUAUAUAUUUUUUAAAUAGCUCAGUUAGUUGUUAACUACAGUGCGUGAAAACUAGAGAUGUAUAUAUUACCAGGCACCACAAAGUUUAUUACAUACUGUAUGUUUAUUCAAAGUGUCAAUAAAACUGAUAUGUCUUUC